GAACUGCCUGGCAGGACGCACUGCCAGUGGUGGGCAAAGCAGGCAGGAGCCAGGCGGAGCAGCCAUCCAGACUUUAGGACAGACAGAGGCCAGCUGCCCAGAGAGCCCUGACUCAGCAUGGAUGCUGUGGACACCACUAUGGAGAAGCUCCGGGCUCAGUGUCUGUCCCGAGGGGCCUCAGGCAUCCAGGGUCUGGCCAGGUUUUUCCGCCGCCUGGACCAGGAUGGAAGCCGGUCCCUGGGUGCGGAGGAGCUCCAGAGGGGCCUGGCCGACCUGGGGCUGGAACUGGACAUGGCUGAAGUAAGGGGUGUGUGCAGGCGCUGGGACCGCGACGGCAGUGGGACGCUGGACCUGGAAGAGUUCCUGCGGGCGCUGCGGCCCCCAAUGUCCCGGGCUCGGGAGGCCGUCAUCACAGCUGCAUUCGCCAAGCUGGACCGCAGCGGGGACGGAGUGGUGACUGUGGAUGACCUCCGGGGGGUGUACAGCGGCCGUGCUCACCCCAAGGUGCGGAGUGGGGAGUGGACGGAGGAGGAGGUGCUCCGCCACUUCCUGGACAACUUUGACUCCUCUGAGAAGGACGGGCAGGUCACGCUGGCUGAGUUCCAGGACUACUACAGUGGCGUGAGUGCCUCCGUGGACACAGAUGAGGAGUUUGUGGCCAUGAUGACCCGUGCCUGGCGGCUGUGAGCAGCGCACCCGCUCAGCGGGACCACUGUAGUGUAGGACCCCCCACCCCCCGCCCCAGCUAGCACCCCUGACCCAGGGCCCCUCUCACCUGGGCUUUGAGCUGAGCAGCCCCUGAGGUAGAGGGUGGAGGGGAGUGCAGGAGGAUUGAGGCCACAGAACUAGCUGGAUCAGGUCUCCAGGGACACCACACCACUUCGCCACCAGGAAUUAGUGGGAAAAUGGUUCCAACGAUGGAUCACUGGCUCCAGACCCCAGGGAGAAAGGCCCGCCCUCCUCAUGCCAUGCUGACCCCAGGGCUCUUCUUGCUCUGGCUCAGUGAACUCUGCAGCACAACACCUCUCUCCUGCCCCAACCUGUGGGUCCCUGGGAAGCCAGGCAGCACCAAGGUGGGAAGGCGAACGGCUCUGCUGUGACUGGAGGUUCUGCACUGAGGCGGCCAGUCUUGGAAGGCAGCCGAGCUUGGUCCCCUGCCCAGGUGUGGAGUGUGGGGCAGAGGCCCCCAGACCGCAGUCAGGCCAAACCACUGGAGGAAAGCGUGCCUGCCUAGGGAGGCAGAGGCCAUUCCUGGCCAGGUUGCCUGGCUUCCUGAGGCCCCCUGGGGCAGGCAGGAGGCCAGCAUUUUAGUUAAAAGUUUUAAUGUAGUUCCCAAAUACAUUUCAUAUGACAAUCUUACAUAAAUGUUCCAAAACACA